GUCCUCGCGGAGGAGUUGAAUGACUUGAAGCAACGACGGGCCGCGAUGCGCGCGGCCAACCGUGCAUUGGCAAAGCAGGAGAAGAAUAUGAAAAAACGACGUGGUGGAGCUGCAGUGGUCGCAGCUGGUGGUGGAGAUGGCGCGGAAAGUCUUCUGUGUGAAAAGAUCCCCGGAAUUGUGGCUGUCUAUGCGCGUGUCACUCUCGGAGGUGGUGGAGCUGCGGUGGUAGCAGCUGGUGGUGGAGAUGGCGCGGAAAGUCUUUUGCGUGAAAAGAUCCCCGGAAUUGUGGCUGUUUAUGCGCGUGUCACUUUCACAGGUCAUGGUGCUCCCCCUCCAAAUCUGCCAGCUGGCGCUGCAGCUGGCGUUGCAGGGGAAGGUCUAGACUGUUUGUUUGCUUUCUGCGUGCGUGGAGCUCUUGGCAGACCAGGUGCGAAUGAUGUGGAGGAGGCUGAUGCCAUUUCAUCUGAGAGUGAUCGCGGCGAAGGCGCGCGGGUGGAUGUGGUUUUGAGUGUGUUGCUCAUGGCCGAAGUUUGCUCUAAAUCAGUUCUCAUUGGAGGCGGUGCUGCUGAUGGUGAUGGUGAGGAAGACUAG